GCUUAAUCACCUAGCCUUGUUUCCACAACAAGCCAAUUUUUUUCAAAAUCCAAUUAUCACAGUGACAGAAAGUGAAGUGAAAUCUUCUGAAGAGGGGUACCACAGGGGUGUUAACCUUUCCCUAUGUUAUACAAAGAAGUGUGUGUGUGUGUGUGUGCACCCUAAAAGCAACUGCAAUGAUGUGUUUACUGGACUACUAAUUCUUGGGCUGGGGGAGAGAACAUUAGCAGAGCCAGCCUUGGCUUUCCAAAUACGAAUGCUGCUUCUUUAAAUGAGACCCUAACUGGCUUGCUGCAAUUGCAGCUCUACAGAGCUGAACGUCACCAGGCAGCAUGAAUGAAUGCAAGAACUGGGAGGGCACAAAUUUCAAACAUACUUGGCUAGGUAGCCCCUCUUUCGCACACAACCAUUCCAGAUGCUGUCUGAGUGCUGAGUCUUCAUGCUGUUUCUUUUUAGUCUUGUCUAGGGAGAUUUUUGGUAUUUCUGCCAAGCUUCUUGUAUUGUAUCAUUUUUAUCUGUAAGAAGGAACUUCAUCAACUGGAUUUCACUGAAUUCAGACUAAAGUGUGGGUGUGAAGGACUUCAGAAGAUUGCUGGUACUGCCACUUCAGCAUAGGUGUAACACCACAGGGAUAAAAUCCUGUACUUUCCUCUCCUUUUUGCAGUGUCUGUCUUCUCUAGCUGGAGCAAUCAUUCUCUCAACUCUCUGAGGCAUGUGGUGCUAGAUCCUUUGCGAAGAUGGAAAGCACCAUCCCCUCAACUGUGAGUGUUGCCACAGUAACAGGACCUGGCAGUAGCCCACUCAGAAUCGGCCCCAAUGUUUCUGAUAACAACACUUGGGAUGGGGCCUCUUCCACAGAGGACAUUAUAGCCACCUGUACGAUUGGCACCAUCCUCUCCCUCAUGUGUAUUAUUGGAGUGACUGGCAAUGUCUACACACUGGUGGUAAUGUGCCACUAUCUGAGGUAUUCAGCCUCCAUGUACAUCUACAUAAUCAAUCUUGCCUUAGCAGACCUGCUCUAUCUUCUCACCAUCCCUUUCAUUGUCGGGACCUAUUUCAUCCAGGAAUGGUACUUUGGGGAUGCUGGGUGCCGGAUCCUUUUCAGUUUGGAUUUCCUUACCAUGCAUGCCAGCAUUUUCACCCUGAUGGUGAUGAGCACAGAGAGGUACUUGGCUGUGCUGAAGCCUUUGGAUACUGUGAAAAGGUCUAAGAGUUACCGCAAGGCUAUUGCCAUUGUUAUCUGGAUGGUGUCCUUACUCCUCACCCUCCCAAUGCUUAUCAUGAUUCAGUUAGUCCAAGGAGGAAAGAACAUUUGUCUUCCUACCUGGAGCAAGAUGUCCUACAAAAUCUAUAUCACCAUCCUCUUCUGCACCAGCAUUGUGGGCCCAGGAGUUGUCAUCGGCUACCUUUAUAUACGACUGGCAAGAACUUACUGGGUGUCCCAAACCACAUCCCUGAAAGAGACAAAGCGGCUCCCCAACCAGAAAGUGCUCUAUCUCAUCUUCACCAUUGUGCUGGUCUUCUGGGCUUGCUUCUUACCCUUCUGGAUAUGGCAACUCCUUUUCCAGUACUGUGAACCUUUCCCUGUCUCCCAGAAGGCUACAAGGAACAUCAACUACCUGACCACAUGCCUGACUUACAGCAACAGCUGCAUCAAUCCUUUCCUCUACACCUUGCUAACCAAAAACUACAAGGAGUAUCUGAGGAACAGGCAAAGGUCCUUUAACAGUGGCAACAGCAGCUACUUCCAGAGGAGAAACAGAUUUCAAAGAAUCUCAGGGAGAUCUUUCUCCACAAGCAGCCAGCACUACACUGAGACCUUUGUACUGCCGCCCAUUCCUGGGGGAGGCAACAGUCCCUGAAGGGACACGUGCACCUCUUGAUCCCUAGACAUCAAGGUAGCCUUGAGUGGGAGAUGCCAGGAAAGGACAUAGAAGUGAAGCAUGCAGGGGGAACAGAGCAUCAGGGGGACAAGAGAAAAGAGAAACACAUUGGAGUGAUGUCUGACAGAAGUUCCCUUCCAUCACUUUUUUUUGGUCUUGUGAGGAAUUCUUAGAAAGUUUCCUUUAUUACAGAACAUCAAACCAUAUAUCCCAAGCAAGCCAUGAUGUAGCACUUAAGUUAUUGAACCAAUUCUAGUAAGCGGGGUAUUGAUGUUUUUGCUGUUGUAGGUAUUCUUAUUGUUUUGAAAGACAUCACCCAAACACAAUUGUUUUGGAAGUUAAGAGAAUUUAUGUGAUUAUUUGUGUACAUUUCAGAAUGGGCAACUUGGAAAUCCCUAAACAGACUCAGAAGCGGAGUGGGUAGAUCAAAAGAUAACUUGGCAAGGUGGCACUACCUCCACCUUGUGUGACUGUGGAGCAGAACAAACAACUCCACAAAUGUAUGCCUGCCCACAAUGUCCUGCCUCAUGUACAGAGGAGGAGUUGUUUAAAGCUACAGACAAUGCAGUCGCUGUUGCUCGCUUUUAGUCUAAAACUAUUUAGCUGCUUGUGAUUCCUUUAUUUCAUCAUUUUAAAACUUAUUUAUUAUGCAAUGCUUUUGACACGAAAUAAAUAAUGGGAGGAGGGUAUUUUGAAAUUAUGCUUAAGAAGUCUGGGACACAAGUACAAAAAAAUCUAGGAUGAAGCCAAUAAACAUUUGUGAAAAGUAAUGAUUUUAACAAUGAUUCGAGUAGAGGAAAAAUAAAUGUUUUAUAGAACUGCGAUGUGUUUGAUACAGGUACUAAAGUGUACCGCUGUGAGUACCGCUGUGCAAAUACAUACACACAGUUCCUGCUGGUACACAUUAUUGAACAGAGUGGUCUGUUUGAAAUGACUGGAACCUGCUGGGUCACUACACCUGUGUAACUUUGUUGGCAGCAGGAAAUAAAAAGCUCUAGGCACAAUAUCCAUGAAGGAAAUCAGAGCUAUCAGAUUUUGUCUGCUUUUCUGGUCACUACUGUGUGACCCUGGGAAAAGUGUAACCAAUGGCACAGAGAACCAGCAGGAUUUCAGUCAAUGAGUUCAAGUGUCAGAUACCAACCCAUACUGUUGUAACUGUGGAGCAGGUAGGAGUUUAAAAGCUUGUAUUUGUAUUAUCAUUUUUAUUUACAACAUAAGCAAACACAAACCACAGCACAUAGCUGCAGCUUGUAGGUGGAUUUAUAUAUACAGUAGAGUCUCGCUUAUCCAACCUUCACUUAUCCAACAUUCUGUGUUAUCCAAUGCAAUUCACCUUUUAUUAGUCAAUGUUAGUUUGUAGUCAAUGUUUUCAAUACAUCGCAAUGUUUUGGUGCUAAAUUCGUAAAUACAGUAAUUACUACACAACACCUUGUACUGAACUGCUUUUUCUGUCAAUUUGCUGUAAAACAUGAGGUUUUGGUGCUUAAUUUGUAAAAUCGUAACAUAAUUUGACAUUUAGUAGGCUUUUCCUUAAUCCCUUCUUAUUAUCCAACAUUUUUGCUUAUCCAAUGUUCUGCUGGCCCGUUUAUGUGGGAUAAACAAGACUCUACUCUGUGUGUGUGUGUGUGUGUGUGUGUGUGUGUGUGUGUGUGUGUGUAAAUGCACACAUAGCAUCCUCUGUUCAGAGUUUUCUAAUAUGAAAAUUUUUGUAAUUAUUCAUUGUUGUGUUGCUGCCAAGUUGCUCAUUGAAAAACAAUCGCCACAUGCAUCAGAUAAUAAAAGCUAACUAAUGUUAGCUGGAGAAAGAGGAAACAGAGGAUAAUCUGGGUUUCUUUCCCCCACACAUUUGGUCAAAGAAUAGAAAGGCUUGGGAGAAAAGCUUGGAAGCCAUUCUCAGCCAUAAGAUGUACUAGACCUGUCAGCAUAUACAACCAGUACAGAACUUGUCAUAGCAUUGUCUUCGUGGAACUGAAUAUUGAAGGAAAAAUAACACCAGAACAACACACUGGAGAGUGUGUUAUGUGCCAUGUCAGCGAGCCAGAGUUGUCAAAAUGAAUCACAAGUUUAGACUGGCACAUAAAGUUACAGCAAGUCAUUUUUAGAGAGAAACAUUCUCCCACUAUAUCUCAGCUGGUGGAGGAAAAGCCUUCAGCAACAAGUAUCCCUGUUAAUAGGAUUCAGUCACCACAGAUAACCUGAUAUGCUCAGGGACAGAAAGUUGCAUUUAUAUCAGUGGGGAAAACUCACUGAAAGAAAGUGAUGUCUCCAUGAGUGCAGAAGUUUCAAUGUGACAAUGAAGUUAUCAACAUUCAGAGAGUACACUGGGGGGAGGAGCAGAAAAGAAAGUGACUGUGUAGGAAUCCCAAUGAAUACACUGCAAAAGCCAACCCAAAGAUAACAAUAGAAGAAAGGGGAAAGGGAAUGAGAAUGAAAGACAUAUUUCAGCAUCUAUUUGAGAGAACAAGGGUCAGCAGGGGAUGGAAGUCUCAACCUUAAUCUUUUCUAGGUUUUAAAUACAAUAGAAGAAUACACAAGUCUAUUGCAAACAACUAUCCAGGUUUGGCUCAAUGAUGGAUUGAUCAAUACUUCCACAUUGCACUAACAAACAGAAGUUUAUUAAUCUAAAGGCAGGCAGGCAGGUUAGUUGGCAGAUCCUCAGAUAAACAAGUGGUAUUUUUCAAGGAUCGCUCCAUCUCAUGAUAACUUACAGCAUCAAGUGAGAAGACAAAUGAUGUUGAAUGGGUUUAAUGUAGAUAGAAAUCCCCGAUUCCAUUGUUGUUUCUAUUAUUCCAGCUUCUGUUGCUUUAUAACACCACUGGGCAAUUUUUGAGUCUAAAUUAAAUCAGAUGCUAUCAUUUGAUUCACCUUACCUCAAAUCACUUUCUAGAAAUGGGCAAAAUGAACUGCUGAUGUGAACUAGCCAGUACAGAUUUAUUUACAGUAUUUAUAUUCCGCCCUUCUCACCCCGAAGGGGACUCAGGGCGGAUCACAUUACACAUAUAAGGCAAACAUUCAAUGCCUUUAACAUAGAACAAAGACAAGACAAACAUAGGCUCCGAGCUGGCCUCGAACUCAUGACCUCUUGGUCAGAGUAAUUUGUUGCAGCUGGCUGGCUGCUCAUCAGCCUGCGCCACAGCCUGGGCGCAGGCUGGUGGUUGCUAAAGCUGCAACUUUCUGAUAAAAGAGCUAUCCAGAGAUGAAUAGAUUCCUUAAUGAUACCUAUAAACAAUUGAUUCUUCUUGGUGACAUCAAUUUAUUUUCAAACAGUUAAUCUCAGGCGUGUACCCUCACUUUCACAUGUGCUAACCUGGAAUACAAAACAUAGGAAUUACAGCACAUGCCGUUUAUUUAGAAUACUUUGAGACAGGAAAAUAUGUAUAUUCUAUAACAUGCUUCAUGUGAUACGAAUGUGCAUUUUUCUGAUCCUACUCUCUAGUUGACCACACAGAAGUUGAAUCCAAAUUGAAGAGUUGAGUUUCUGGAAGCUGUCCAACAAGUUAUAUCAGUACAUUGUACAUUUUGCUUUCCCAGGGAGUCUUUCCAUUCAUCAUUCAUAAUGAAAUUACAUCUAAACAACUGCACAAAAUACACUGCUAAAGGUAAAUGGGGUGGGGGGAUAUUGUUUGCUGUUGUUUUGCUAUGUGCCUUCCAGUCAACUCUGACUUAUGGUGACUUUAUCAUAGGAUUUUCUUUACAAGUACUCCGAGUGGGUUUGUCAUUGCCUUCUCAAGCCAAGAAUGCACGACUUUUUCCAAAGUCACCCAAAUUGGUUUCUAUGGCUGAGCAGCAAUUUGAACCCUAAUCUCCCAGAAUCUUAGCCCAAUAGUAACAUCACUAUACCAUGAUGUCUUUAAAAAUGUCAUUUUCAUGUCAGGUUCCGUUAUGCUGCCCUGGGCCAGGUUGGCCAGUGUUCAUAGGCCAGACAAAUGUUUUCAUGAAAAGUACUGAUUAGAUACUUUUGCAUAAGUUUUUUAAAGUGUGUGUUUUAGGAAAUUUCUGUAGUAGGGUCAAGGCUGUCCCCCACCCUUAGCCGUGUUGUAUGUGUGAAAAGAGAACCAGAAAUUUGCAAAAGAAAGAAUUAUAUAUGUGGUUCAGUAAGCAUCUUGGAGUGCUGGCUAUAUCCCUGGAGAACUAGUGUUUGGACAAUGUGAUUUUUUGUUGCAAUGUUUAUGAUGUUCCUCCACCUCUGCUCAACCUGUAUUACUAUGAAUAAAUGUAAAAACUACAAAAUGCCA